UGAGAAAACCUCAUUAAAUUUAAAUAAUUUUAUCACCAUAAAAAUUUAUAUAAAAAUGAUGUCUGAUCAACAGAAAGGAAAUACACCAUUUUUGCCAAAAUACCCGAUGGACAACGAGGAAAACAAAAACAACACCAACAAGUUUAGGAGAACAAACAUAAAUUCUCUUUGUUCCUUCAAUUUCAAUCGGUUCCAUUAUUGUGUUCUGUUAUGUUGGCUAUUUGGAAUUUUUUUCGCAACUCAAAUGAUUUUUUCCGUGUUUUCAAAUUAUAUACCAAAAUGGAAAUGUUUAUUAAAUAAUACUUCAAAUUUUGCUAGAAAUUGUACAGUAUAUCAACAAUGUCCUGAGAAUUUGAUAAAAUUUGAAGAGAAUAUACCCUUUCAUUCAGCGGCAAUGGAAUUUGGUUGGAUUUGUGGAGCCAAUGCAUAUAAUCGAGCUUUAUUUAGCCAAAUUCAAUUUGCUGGCGUGCUUAUUGGCACCUUAACUUUUGGAGCAAUAUCUGAUGCCCUCGGUCGUAAACCAGUUUCUGUUUUUGCAUUAACUGUUGGAAUUGCUUCAAUGUUUGCUACUGCAUUUGCACCCAAUUGGCAUUUCUUAUUAGCUUGCCGUUUUAUUCUUGGUCUCUGCAUUGGAGGAGAUUUGGUUGUUGUAUAUACUUUUGUGAUGGAACAAUUGUUACCAACUCAAAGGAUGGCUAUUAGGGGAUUUUUUAAUUGGGGAGUUGCUCGUCUAAUAUUUACUUUGAUUUGUAUGUUCUUUCCUGAUUGGCGUUCUUCAAGUAUUGCUUGUGCUAUAUUUUCAAUGCCUGCCCUAAUUAUUAUAAUAUUUUUAAUGCCUGAAAGUCCAACAUGGCUUCAUAGUAAGGGUCGUCUUGAACAAAUGCGAAUAAAUGAAAGAAAAAUUGCCCGGUUGGCAGGUCUUCCACCGACAAUUAAAUUACCUGAACAUGAAAAAUUAUCUCCAAACGAUAAUUCUUUUUGGAAUUUAAUCAAAGAUAAAACUCUUCUGAGACGUGUUUCAGUUCUUUGGGUUAUGUGGCAAAUGGGGUGGAUCAAAGAAAAUGCCAAGUUUCUUGUCUGCAUCUUUAAAAAUUUUGCCAGGAAACCAUAUUUUUUUCGUCUUUUAAUGGAAAAAGUUCCCAUGAAAACUGCAGGUUCCUGCUUGGAGUCUCAAAAAUUAUACGUAUCAUGUUUCAUCCGAAAAAGUCAUAAUUUCACUUUAUGGCCUGGUAAGGAUCAUAUGGUAAUUGGGAUAUUUCUAAUUUUAAAGGUCAAUGAAUUUUUUAGGGCUCGAGGCUUUGAUAAAUUUUUUAUCAAUUUUAAGAGCCUUCUUUCGUCGAUAUGUGCAAUCUCUAAAAUAUGCCUUGUUAUAGUUGAUACUGUAUUUCCAAAAUUUUCUCGGCGUAAUCUCCAUCAAGGGGCACAACUUGUAGUAAUUAUAUCUGCAUCGUUUCUAGUCUUCUUCGUUUUUUAUGAUCAUGAUGGAAUUGGAAUUCUUUUGGCUAAUUUAAUUGGAAUAACUUUCAUUGAAUUAACUUGGUUGUUAUUUAAUUUUAAACGGAAUUCGACCCGAUGGGACAAGGGUCAAAAAAUGGGUAAAGGAUCCCCGUCCCCUUGUAAAUAG